CGAGCGCUGUCUGGACGGCUGAGACAGCGUUUCCUUCACGUGUAGUCGUAGUUCUUGAGCUGCUUCGGCCUCCAACGCCAAUACCUAAGGGCCGUUUCGAGUAUAACACUAGCCGCUAAAAUGAGGUUUGAGAUGAGACUGUCCGAGAUUAGUUUCAGAAUGGCCAGGUGACUGUAGCGUGCGCGAGAGCGGCAUGUUACCAUUUCCAGGACAGGUCUCUUCUCUGCUUCGGUGGCCAUGUUGUACCACGCUUGUGGGACAUGUGCACCCUGGACGAAGACUGACAGGCAAGCUUACUCGGUCACGUACCCCCUCAAUACCUACACUAGAGAAGAUAUGUGUAGUAACGCAUCUUAAAUCGAAACCGCAAGUGCAAGAACUAACUUUGGAACGACUGCUCUUGGACUAAUUGGCGUCUACGGAAUGCCUUCAGGCAAAGUUAAGGAACAAGCGCUCUCCGUGAUGCGUCACCGUGACGUGAAACUCAAUGAUAUGGCUUUUUAUUAACGCUGUAUGCGUUUCAAAAUCAUUAUGUACAGUCGACGAGAAAGUGGUCUUAUGACUAUGCGUUUGUUCGCUAUUGUCCAGAUAUCUCUCAUGAAUUUAAAUACGCAUCACCUCAAGUCGCUUCCCUCGGGAUGGAGAUUGUAUGAAAUGUAGGCUUUAGAUGCAUAAACACGCACAUUAUCAGGGAAAUCAUUUGUAAUUGAUAUGAACGGGCUUCUUAUAGUGCGCAACAAAUGGACGAAAGCACGUUGGACUACAUUACCCACAAUGCACCGGGGUUUCCGGUUUUGAGCACUGGGUGUUUUGCAAAGCAGAAGUCACUCGUCAGGGAUUUGUUAGCGGCUGCCAUCGCGCUACAUGUGAGAACCCACGCGUUAUUUGACACUUUAAACGACGUCGGUGACACCAAGUGAAUCCAGGUGUUUCAACCUCAGCUGUUGCCAUGGCAAUCCUCUUUGCCGUGGUGGCCCGUGGAACCACCAUCCUUGCCAAACAUGCCUGGUGUGGAGGCAACUUCCUGGAAGUGACGGAGCAGAUCUUAGCCAAAAUCCCCUCCGAAAAUAACAAACUGACCUACAGCCACGGCAGCUACCUUUUUCAUUACAUUUGUCAUGACAGAAUCAUCUACCUUUGCAUUACUGAUGAUGACUUUGAGAGGUCACGCGCUUUCAGUUUCCUGAGCGAGGUCAAGAAGCGUUUCCAGACGACAUAUGGGUCUCGCGCACAAACAGCCUUACCGUACGCCAUGAAUAGUGAAUUCUCCUCAACACUGGCUGCUCAGAUGAAACACCACGCAGAUCCACGUGGAGCUGAUCGCGUGACUGAGACACAGCUGCAAGUGGAUGACCUGAAAGGCAUUAUGGUCAGAAACAUAGAUUUAGUAGCUCAAAGAGGUGAGAAGUUGGAGCUGUUGAUUGACAAGACGGAAAACCUGGUGGAUUCUUCGGUCACCUUCAAGACAACGAGUCGUAACCUGGCACGGGCCAUGUGCAUGAAGAACCUGAAGCUGACUUUGGUCAUCGUGCUGGUUAGUCUGGUGGUCAUCUACAUCAUCGUUUCUGCCGCCUGUGGAGGCCUCAACUGGCCGUCCUGUGUAUGAGAACAGAGAGGGAUGAAGGAGAGAGAUGGUGCACCUGUUUAGGCCAGAUUUUCAAACUGACUGAGAAGGAUUUGUUCCUUAUUUCCUUGUUCCCAGGAAGAAGCUCCUCUCACGUCCCACCUCCUUCAGUGUGCACAUUGACUCGCCUGCAGGACGAAGUGCAGUCAGGCGUCUCUACAUCUUUGUCUUAAACUAGUCUUGUAAACGCAUCCUGUCUCAUAAACUUCGUGGCCUGACCAUUUGCUUUUGUUGCACUGUUCAUGUUCAGAAUCCAUGCCGACUGAAAUGGAAUUAACCUCAGAGAUGAUUUUGUUACAGCCCUGCUUCGUCCUCCAACAUUUGAUCGUUCUGUUGUUGGCAUGUAGCAGAUCAAACAGAUCUUCCAUUGAAGUCUUUUUCACAGAAUACUUUGUUUACCCACAGAUGCAGUAAACAAUAUGAGGAGUGUCAGAGUAAGUGUCUUUAAAUCUCAGAUAUCAGCAACCGUCAAAUGUGAUUCUCCACUUGUUUCAAGAUACUGUAUAGCAGGUGAUGUGAGAGGCCGAUACAGGUGGUGGAACUGGACUGUGGAAGAUGUGAUGACAGUUAAAUGAUCAAAAUAGAUGAUGAUUAGAUGUCAGUUGGAUCACAUUUCGGUUCAUGGUUCCAGCCUUCGCGCUUCAUUUCCUCUGCUUGAGAUGUUCAGUGUGCUCUUCUCUGUUCACACAAUGCACUUUUACAUUGAACUUUUUAUCUUCCCUCCUGGCAUCAAAGGGUGUGUAUUAAUUUAAUUAUUAAAUAAUUGUACAUUUCAAUUUGAAAUACCGAAGAGGCGUGUGUUUUGUUUCUUACCCAUCCAACGGCACAAUAUUCUCGCCUACAGCACUGUCACAUGCACUCUUUACACAUGGAAAAAAUGAAUCAAAUUCA